GGGCGGGGAGAGGGGCGCGGGCGGCCCUCCGGAGCUGGCCAGGGCACCCGGCCCGCCGCCAAAGCCCGCGCUCAGGCUCGCCUGCCAUGGGGCGGCGGUUGCCCGCGCUGCGGCCGCUGCUGGCGCUGCUGUUGCUGCUGCGGCGGGCGCUUCCCGGGGCGCACUGCCCGGAGCCCUGCAGCUGCCCGCCCGACGGCGCCCUGCGCUGCCCCGGCCCGCGGGCCGGCCUCACCGGACUAUCACUCAACUAUCUCCCUAUCAAACUAAUCCCAUCUCAAGCUUUCAGAGGGCUUAAUGAGGUCAUAAAAAUUGAAAUCUCUCAAAGUGAUUCUCUGGAAAAGAUAGAAGCUAAUGCCUUUGACAACCUCUUCAAUUUGUCUGAAAUACUGAUCCAGAACACAAAAAACCUGGUGUACAUCGAGGCUGGAGCAUUUAGAAAUCUCCCCCGGUUAAAAUACCUGAGCAUCUGUAACACAGGCAUCCGAAAGCUUCCAGAUGUUACGAAGAUCUUCUCCUCUGAAUUUAAUUUCAUUCUGGAAAUUUGUGAUAACUUACACAUAACCACCAUACCAGGAAAUGCUUUUCAAGGGAUGAGUAACGAAUCCAUAACACUCAAACUAUAUGGAAAUGGGUUUGAAGAAAUACAAAGUCAUGCCUUCAACGGGACAACGCUGAUUUCCCUGGAGCUCAAGGAAAAUGCACACCUAGAGAAGAUGCACAAUGGAGCAUUCCAGGGGGCCACAGGACCUAGCAUCUUGGAUAUUUCUUCCACCAAAUUGCAAGCUUUGCCUAGCUACGGGCUGGAGUCCAUCCAGACACUCAUUGCCACAUCAUCCUAUUCUCUAAAAAAACUGCCAUCAAGGGAAAAAUUUGCCAACCUCCUGGAUGCCACACUGACUUACUCGAGCCACUGCUGUGCUUUUAGAAAUUUGCCAACAAAAGAGCAGAAUUUUUCAUUUACCAUUUUUGAAAACUUUUCCAAACAAUGUGAAAGCACAGCAAGGAGACCAAAUAAUGAAACGCUGGACUUGGAGGAAUUUGGUGGGUGUUCACAAGAUUGUGAAACCAGCAACUCGUUCAUAAUUGUUCUAAAUUCCAUAAAAAAAUCUGAAUUUGAGAUCUCCAUACCAACGUGAAAUAACAUUGGCUGGUGGAAACUAACCAAGAAAAGUCCUAAGGCAAAACAAGAGAUGAUUAAAGCAAUGGCUGAAUUUAUUUUUAAAUCUGUAAUGCCUUCAACACCACAUGCACAGUUAAUGGAAACUCUGAAGAAUGCAAGUGCAUCCAGAAUGCCUGGUUGAAACAACAGCCUGAUUCAGAUGACACGGGACCGAGAGCUGACAAGGAAUUAUUCUCGAGAAGUACUGGCAAUGAGGAAGAGAAGGGAAAUUUUAGCAAAAGUCAACAUCAAUCAGAUUUAAGAAAACAGUGACGAAAAAGAUGGAGACUAUAGACCCUACUAAGAACAAGACCAAGACUUUGGUCUUAAGCGAGGAGGGGUGUUGAAAAGAUCUCAUCCUCACCAGCUACUGUCCCGUUGUUCCUAUUUACAGCAAAUGUCCUCAAAAAAGUCAUCUACUCACCGUCUCCACUCCUACUUGAGUUGUCUGUCAACGUCACUGAUGAUUUCCGCAUUACUAAAUUCAAUGGCCCGUUCUUACUCCUCAGCUUAUAAGAUCAGUAGCAUCUGAGGCAGCUGAUUACAUCUUCCUCCAUCUCUUUUUCUGGAUCAUCCUUGCUUUCCUGACCUCUAAAUGUUGGAGUCUGAAAGCCCACUGCUCAGACCGCUGCUGCUCUCCAUGGCUCACGCCUAACUGGUCUCACCCAGUCUCGCAGCUUUAAACGCUAGUGCCUCUAAACAUCCCAUCUCUGGCUUGACCCUCUUUCCUGCCUGGUGUAUCCACUUGGCUGGCUGUCUGAUAGUCAUCUCAAAGUCAACACAACCAAACCGGCAUUUAUUUCUGAUCUUUCUCCCCAAACUUUCUCCCUUAACAUUCUUCCCCUUCUCCAUAAAAGACAGCUCCCUUUUUUAAGUUGCUCAGGCCAAAAGUCUGGGAGUCCGUUUUGUUUCCCUUUCCCCUACGCACUGAGAGCCCAAUCCAAUCGGUCAGCACACACUCCUGGCUCUAAUUUCAGACGUGUCCAUCCAUGUCAUCCCCCUUGACCACUCCUAUCCACCAUCACCUCUCACUGGAGCUACUUCAACAGCCUUCCAACCACACGCGGCUUCUGUCGCUAGCCCCUUCUACGUCCAUGCAAUCAUCUUUAAUGUGUAAUUCAGUUCCUGUCACUCACCAGCACAAACCUUCUAGUGGCUCCUGUCUCCCUCAGAACAAAAUCCAGAUCCUUCCCCAAGACCACAGAGCCCUGUGUGAUCUGCUUCCCUCACCCACCCACAACCUCUCUGAUCUCUCCCCCAACCAGCCCUCUGUUCAUAUGCUACCGCCACCCAGCAGCCGUCUGCCCUCCUCGGAUUUCAGUGCCUCUGCCCUAGCAUUUCCCUCUGCUGGACACACCCUCCUCUGGGAGAUCUCGGUGACUAGCUUCCUCACUUCUUUCAGGUCUCUGCUAGAAUGUCAUCUCCUCAGAGGACUUCUGAAAACCAAAAUGGGUUUCAAUUUUUCACCACUCUGUUGCUUCCCCUACCCCCCUCCCUGCACAGCAAUGAUCACAGCACAAUACCUGUUUAUUGUCCAAAUUCCCCUACUAUUAAAUAUCCUCUACAGGAACAGGAAUUCACUGUUUUGCGAUUGCUUAACCCCAAUAUCUAGAAAAAGGCAAGCACAUAGUAGGCACACAAUAAACAUUAAAGUCAACAAGACAGU